AUGCUGCGCGGUAUCGUCCUGCUCACCCUGCUCAUCUCCUCUGCUUGUGCUGCUCACUUGGAGAUGCACAAAGAACCCUUUCCGGAAUUUGACUUUGAAGGCUCUGGCGAAAUUCCAAAGGAACAACUGCCUGGACUAUGCUGGGCUUGCAAGUGGGCCAUGGGAAAGCUGAGGCAACAUAUCUCCAAUACAGCAAAUAAGGAGGAAAUUAAAAAUCAGCUGGCGCAGGUCUGUGAUGGGAUCGGGUUCCUUAGACCUCUGUGCAGGUGGUUUGUGAAAAAGUACAUGGACAUUCUGACCGAAGAACUUUCCACUACUGAUGGUCCUAGAACUAUCUGUUCUCAUCUCCAUGUGUGCUAA